AUGCGUUGGAGUUGGAUUCAUAUCGAUGAUCUUGCCGAAGAUUAUGUCGCUGUAGGACGAGCUCCGUGCAAUAUUGUCGAUGGGCAACUUUACAAUCUUGCUGCUCCAAACGAUAAUCCAACGUAUGAAGCAUUGCGCAUUGCAAUGGCUAAAGGGCAAGGUCGAAAAGAAAAGUUUCAAUACAAAGAAGCGGACGAUGGCGUACCAUCACGAUGGGAUACAGAUUCGAUUAUCAAUCCAGCCAAAGCUAUGAAUGAAUUAGGCUGGUGGCCAAGACACGUAGGUUUUGUCGAAGAAAUUGAGACCUGUUAUAAGGCAUGGGUAGCUCACAAAGCAACUCAAGAAGAAACGAAGUAG